UGGCUCCCACUGACAGUAGUGAGAUGGUAAACCGGUAAAAGGACCUAAAGUGACUCGGAGUCAGAAACCGGUCGGUAAAAAAAAAUGUCCUUUUUCUCCAGGAACAUGCCGUUUUUAUACCUAGACGCAUAUUUAUUAUUUUAGUUUGAAGUAAAGUCUGUGCAUUUCGACCGCAAUGGUAGUGUUAGCAAUUAGCUGUUAGCUAAAAAGAGAUAAUAAUAAUAAUAACCGACUCUUAGGAAUCGACUCACUUGUCAUCUGGGAGUAAUUAGUGAAAGGUUAGUGUGUAUUUACUGGCAGGAGGACACGGUGUUGAACCGAAUGAACCCGAGGCCAAAGGCUUUAUCAGAGACCUUAAAUCAGUAAAAAAAAAAAAAAAAAAUCAACUGAUCCUAUAAACAGCUGUCCUCUAAACCAGGAGAUAAACAUCCAGAAACAGGCAGGAAUCCGGGCAGAGACCCUCAUGAAUGGAAAUCAGCACUACAGAAGCGGUUGGGGAUACGCCCCUGUUCUCCUCGCCACGCAGGCCUGGCUAUGGCACCAUGGGCAAGCCCAUCAAGCUGCUGGCCAACUGCUUUCAGGUGGACAUCCCAAAGAUGGACGUCUACCUGUAUGAGGUGGGCAUCAAGCCAGAAAGAUGUCCACGCCGUGUCAACAGGGAGGUUGUGGACUCCAUGGUGCAGCAUUUUAAAGUCACCAUCUUUGGAGACAGAAGACCGGUGUAUGAUGGCAAAAGGAGCCUGUACACAGCACAACCACUACCAGUUGCUACAGGAGGAGUGGACCUAGAUGUGACUUUACCUGGAGAAGGAGGCAAGGAUCGGCCCUUUAAAGUGUCUAUCAAGUUUGUGUCGCUGGUUAGCUGGCACAUGCUGCACGAGGUGCUGACAGGGCGGAGUAUGGUUGAGCCUCUGGAUCUGGACAAGCCAAUCAGCACCAACCCUGUGCAUGCCGUAGACGUGGUGCUGCGCCACCUGCCCUCAAUGAGAUACACACCAGUCGGCCGGUCUUUCUUCUCCUCUCCUGAAGGCUAUGAUCAUCCUCUGGGUGGAGGCAGGGAAGUGUGGUUUGGGUUCCACCAAUCAGUGAGACCAGCUAUGUGGAAGAUGAUGCUGAACAUAGAUGUGUCUGCUACCGCGUUCUACAAAGCCCAGCCGGUGAUCCAGUUUAUGUGCGAGGUUCUGGACAUCCAUAACAUUGACGAGCAGCCGCGCCCUCUGACAGACUCCCACCGAGUCAAAUUCACCAAAGAAAUCAAAGGUCUGAAGGUCGAGGUGACUCACUGUGGCACCAUGAGGAGGAAGUACAGGGUGUGUAACGUCACCCGCCGUCCUGCAAGCCACCAAACGUUUCCGCUGCAACUGGAGAAUGGGCAGACUGUGGAGAGAACAGUGGCACAGUACUUCCGUGAGAAAUACAACCUGCAGCUCAAAUAUCCCCACUUGCCCUGCCUGCAGGUGGGCCAGGAGCAGAAACACACAUAUCUGCCCCUGGAGGUGUGUAAUAUUGUAGCUGGGCAGCGGUGCAUUAAGAAACUGACCGAUAACCAAACUUCCACCAUGAUUAAAGCCACGGCUCGAUCAGCACCAGACAGGCAGGAGGAGAUCAGCCGACUGGUUCGCAGUGCAAACUAUGAGGCUGACCCAUUCGUACAGGAGUUCCAGUUCCGUGUGAGGGAUGAGAUGGCCGAGGUGACUGGCCGCGUAUUGCCUGCCCCCAUGCUGCAGUACGGCGGCAGGGUGAGCUCUGAACACUUCCUGAAUCGCACAGUGGCCACUCCAAGCCAUGGUGUAUGGGACAUGAGAGGGAAGCAGUUUCACACUGGGGUAGAAAUUAAAAUCUGGGCCAUUGCUUGCUUUGCCACUCAGAGACAAUGCCGAGAGGAAAUCCUCAAAAGCUUUACUGAUCAGCUGCGUAAGAUUUCAAAAGACGCUGGGAUGCCUAUCCAAGGCCAGCCUUGCUUCUGCAAGUACGCUCAGGGAGCAGACAGUGUAGAGCCCAUGUUCAGACACCUGAAGAACACUUAUGCUGGUCUACAGCUCAUCAUCGUCAUCCUGCCUGGGAAAACGCCCGUCUAUGCGGAGGUGAAGCGUGUUGGAGACACACUCCUGGGAAUGGCCACUCAGUGUGUGCAGGUGAAGAACGUGGUGAAGACCUCACCACAGACACUCUCCAACCUCUGCCUGAAGAUCAACGUCAAACUAGGUGGCAUCAAUAACAUCCUGGUUCCUCAUCAACGUCCGUCCAUCUUUCAGCAGCCAGUCAUUUUCCUAGGUGCUGAUGUCACUCAUCCACCUGCAGGAGACGGCAAGAAGCCCUCCAUCGCUGCGGUGGUAGGCAGCAUGGACGCCCACCCGAGCCGCUAUUGUGCCACAGUGCGUGUUCAGAGACCCAGGCAGGAGGUCAUCCAGGACCUGGCUUCCAUGGUCCGGGAGCUACUCAUCCAGUUCUACAAAUCCACACGUUACAAACCCACACGCCUCAUCUUUUACAGAGACGGAGUGUCCGAGGGGCAGUUCCGACAGGUGCUGUAUUAUGAGCUGCUGGCCAUUCGGGAGGCCUGUAUAAGUCUGGAGAAAGAGUAUCAACCAGGCAUCACUUUUAUUGUCGUGCAAAAACGCCACCACACACGCCUUUUCUGCGCUGACCGUAACGAGAGGGUUGGACGGAGUGGAAACAUUCCCGCUGGCACUACAGUUGACACAGACAUCACCCAUCCCUAUGAGUUUGACUUUUACCUCUGCAGUCAUGCUGGAAUUCAGGGCACGAGCCGGCCCUCACACUACCACGUGCUGUGGGACGACAACUGUUUCACAGCUGACGAGUUCCAGCUGCUCACCUACCAGCUGUGCCACACGUACGUACGCUGCACCCGCUCCGUCUCCAUCCCAGCGCCUGCCUACUAUGCCCACCUAGUGGCCUUCCGUGCUCGCUACCACCUGGUCGACAAGGAGCAUGACAGUGCGGAGGGCAGUCAUGUAUCAGGACAGAGUAAUGGUCGUGACCCCCAAGCCCUGGCCAAAGCUGUGCAGAUUCACCACGACACUCUGAGGACCAUGUACUUUGCCUAGGCCUUCCUCCUCCUCCACCUCCUCGUCACUCACAUGACACGCUGCACUGAAGCCUACUCCCACCAUGUCCUGGGCCACUCUGCUGCUAAACCGAACCAAACACAACUACAGCAAAGGGGAGGGAUGGGAAUUAACUCUGUUAUGCAAUAGAAUAGUUUUUAAAAAAAAAUUCAUGCUUUUCUAAUAGCCUACAUCUUUCCGUUUCUUGUGUAGAUCUGUGAGCACUAAGAAAGGUAUGGCAUUUGUACACUUAUUUAUUAGCAACAAGUUUCUCUCUGUCUGUCUGUCUCUCUUUUAAACUGCGUGCAGAUAUUUUAACCUUUCGAUUCAAUGUUAUUUAGUUGCAAAUUCAGAAUCGAUAUCAAAUAUGAAGGUCAAACUAUUUCACUGUCAGAGAACAGAAGAGAGGAAGACCACCAGAUGCCUCUGUGGUGUUAUACGACCGAUUAAUCCCAGCAGUCGAUUGUGCUGUAAUAAGGCAAUAUCACGCUGAAUAUCAGCAAAGCUACACGAUAUGUGCCACAGGACAACAGGACUGCUGUUGUACCAAACUGUCAGAACGCUGCUCGUCCAGUCCGAUUAGUGGACUGGAACUGAUGAUGUAAGAGUGAACUGGAACUGUCCUUGGUGUAAAUUUGGGGGAAAGUGAUAGGUCAUUGCCAAAGGACGCUGUGUUUUAUUCUAAAUAAAGAAACCGGUAGGGAUAUUUUGGUUUGGCCCACAGCCAUGAAAUAUGUUCAUUUGGGUACAGUUUAAUUAAUGAACUCUAGACAGAUCAUUGCUUAAUUAUACUCUUAUUUUAAAAUACUCGAUAGGGGACAAUUUUGUCUAGGUUUCCAUUUCUGCCAUUUUGUACGGUAGCAUAUUUGUCGUAUGUGUCUUAAACAAGGUAAAGUAGUAACUACAGUAAGUUACCCUACAUCAGUACUAAGACUCGGACAUGUGUGUCUGUGCGCUGCCUGAAAAAACACUACUAUUCUAUUCUUCGAUUUGUUCUUUAUUUUCUCUCUUCCUCUCCUGUGAGCUGAGUGAUACAUUGGAUAAGAACUGCACUUUUGCCUAAAGUACAACCGCUGAACAUCCUUUAAAACCCGACCCAAGAUAGAUAGAAAAUUUCUACUCAGAGUGUCGUGUGUGUGUGUGUUGUAGUUGAUGUCGUUGUUGUUGCUGCCUUUACUAGGUACUGAAUGCAUAUGUUGACACACCUUUGCGUAUACAGCAUUUUCUCAAUGAAGUGGUGGUUUGAUUUGCACGGUUGCGAAUAUCUGUGAAGCGUCUAGUGUUGUUACUUUAUUACACAAAAACCCAACACAUUUAACCCCUCAGUAAAGAGUCCCUUGUGUACUCACUGGGAUUUGAGACAAAGUGCCUGGAAACACCUUCUUAACGACCGUCAGCCCAUCCUUAGGUUUUCACGCCUUUAAAACUCAUGCUGCAGUUGUUGAAAUGCAGUGUUUCAGAUGUGACUAGAGCAAAAGAACUAAGGUAGUGACGAGUAAGUUGAUAAGACUUCCCGUCACUUGAAACAAAGAGCAUUUAUUUCUUGCUUUCUCACUUCCCCAGUGGACAGAUGCACACACUGCCAUGCUGAUACGUGCACCGACUGUCUUAAAGCGUUUCAGCUCCAGGCCCUUCCCAUCUUUUUUUUUUUUUACAAGCUGGGCCAAAAUUGUGACAGUGCAAAUCAAAGCUGGAAGACACCAGAUAGCAUCAUGCAGCUUGUUUCAUGCUACAAUAUAUGGCCACAUGUAUGUAAGUAGGCACCUGACCAGCACACCCAUAUGAGUCUCUUAUUCAAACUGGUACAACAAAGCUGGAAUCACACAAUUGAUUUUUUUACACACAUCUUUAUUUGCUGUAGGAUUACAGUUUUAAUUCACUGGAACUCAGAGACUCAAACCCUGUUUCAUCAUGUCAAUUUCCCUGUACACAAAGCACAGAGCUCCAUGAAGACAUGGUGUGUGAAGGUUGGAGUGAAGAACUCGAGUGUCCUGCACUGAGCCCUGACUCUGACUCAACACCACUGAACACCUUUGUGAUGAACUGGAACACAGACUGAACCCCAGACCUCCUCACUCUUACAUCAUCAGUGUCUGAUCUCACUGAUGCUCUUGUAGCUGAAUGAACACAAAUCCAUACAGCAACAUCUAGUGGAAAGACUUCAUAGGAGAGAAAAGUUGAGAGCUUUCUAACAGGAAAGAGGAAUAAAUAUUUAAUGGGAUGUUCAGCAAUCACAUAUGGGUCUGAUGGUCUGGUGUCCACAAACUGUGGCUCUGGUGCCUACCUGAUGUCUUACAGUUUUUGUUGCACUCAAUGACCGU